AUGAAGAGUAUAAAUGCAAGAUUGUGUGGAUCCCCUUUGAGGGUGACUGGGACGACUGAAGCCCAAAAGAAAGAGUUGCCGUUUAAGAAAUGGAAGGAGCAGAUGCCGUGGUACGCAGUGCAAUAUCCCUCAGCAUCAUACAUGUACCUCAAGAAAGAGUGGAGUGUCAGGGGAAAUUCCACAGCGGUGUUGAUCAACCCCCAAGGAAAGGUCGACACAAUGCUUAAGCCAGUAGUGGAUCAUAUUACAAAGGACGAUGACCACCUUCUAGACUCGAUGGAAAACCAAGGGUACACUUUCUUCAUUGGAGGCAACGAGGAAACGACCAUGACUUGUUCGGAAGGGAUAACAAAGCAAAGCUUGGCUCACUCUAGCAACGAGUACGAGUACAAGCAGGUGACAAAAGAAGUCCAGAAGCUAUUUCUUACAAAAACGAUAUCAAACGGAUGGAUUAUGCUUACCAAAGGAGGGACUGUGGUGACCUGUGGUCAGGCUAACACUAUUGUCACAACCCUAGAGGAAUUUUCUAUUGCUGGAAAUGCCCCAAUGCAUUUGGACUGCCCAGUCUGUGACGACCCCAUGGAGACCAAGUUGGUCAAAUAUAACUGCUGCCACCCUCGUCUGCAGAAUGCUGCCAAUUAA